AUGAUCAAACGCCUGAAAUGGAACGUCCUAUAUGGCGGAGGAGACGGAGCCGAUUCUGAUGGCUGUCUCAGUUCUUCGUCAGAGGAAGGAGAGGACAAAAAUGAUCCUGGCAAUCUCAAGAAGCAGGCCGAGGCGAAUAGGUUGCUUCAGGAGCUUGUUGAGAAAGAUCCUCUCUUAGCUGAAACGCUUCAUCAAAAGCUGCAAGCGGCGACUUACGACGGAAAUUCAAGUGACAGCGAUGCCAUGUCCUUGUCAUCUGAUGCAAGCGGGGAAGAUGGAGGUUCACAAGAUCCUAACCGCGAAAACGGCACGGAAAAGGGAGAAGCGGCAGAGGGAGCAGGUGAGGAUAAUUUGGUUGAAGAGGACGAGGAUGCGGAUGUAGAAUACGCGGAAUGGCGUGAGUGUAACAUCUGUCCAGGAAAGCGAUUUUUGAAUGACGCCGAGGUAGAAUCGCACUUGUCAUCAAAGAGACAUCGACGAGCUGAAGCUAAAUACCAGAAGAAAAUGUCUCUUCCGAAAUCUGGACCUGGCUCGGAGCCGAACGGCGUUCCGUCUGAACGAAACUCUAAGAAGCUACGCGAUUUUGACGGUGAAGAGCGUGAGAUGAUGAACAAUGAGCGCCCGGACGCAGAAGAUCCAAAUGAGCGUGCCAAAGGCCACACUGCCGAGAACUCCGAAGACGAGAAGCAGAAGAAGGCCAGACGAAAAGCUGCAGCAAAGAAGAAGCUGAAAGCUUUGAAGCGGAAAAAAUGGGAGAAAAAGGCGAAGGAAGGAGAGGGCGAUGCCGUGGACCGACCCAGUGUAGGGGGAAUUGCAAAAAGGAGAAAGCCAUCAAAUGCGCCUCCUGGUACCUCAAGUAAGGCUGGAGCAUCAAAAAGCACAGAGGCUGGUCAGAUAGAAAAGGCGAAAGUUAAAACUGUGUCGAAGGUACCUAAACGGACUGAACAAGUUUCCACAUAGAAACAGCUGAAACGAAAACGCGUCAAAGAAGCAUCGGGAGGAACGGGGAAGGAAUACGCUCUUGGAGCCGCCGAGACAGCGGCUCAUGAGAAGCCCCAGCGGAAAAGGAAAGGAAAGCGGUGACUGUGCGCUUUUUAUUCAGGGCACAUAGGAGUGCACGAAUUCUUCCAGAAUCCGAAGCAGCAUCUCGCCCUUUUCCAGGCUUUAAAUGCGGAACAAAUAGGUACAAGAGUUUGUUUACAAUGUGCGUCGCAAGUUGAUCUUCAUGAGAUUAACUCGGUUGGCAGCAUAGGGACGUACCAGUUUCUGUUUUGUACAUAUUAAUGAAA